AUGUCUCUGCUUAGAUGCAAUCGUCCUACCCGUGGCGGUGGUGUUCUACUCUAUUAUCGUAAAGACCUUGAUUGCGAGCAAAUCCAUCCUCCAGUUUCGACUCCUGACACUUUGUGGUGUAGACUGAGACUGUCCAAACACGAUGACUGUUUGAUUGGUGUCACCUAUCGCCCUCCGUCAGCCACGGAAUCAGCCAAUAUGACCCUUUUGAACACUAUUGUACACAUUCUCGCAAAAGGAUUCACACAUGUUUUGCUAAUGGGUGAUUUCAACUGUCCAAACCUUGGCAAACCAAUCACUUCCCAUCCCUUCUUCGAACAGCAAUUCAUAAAGCUGAUUGCCUCACCAUUGUACAACCACGUGAAAGAGCAUACCAGAUUCGGAAACUUGCAACCACCAUCCAUCCUGGAUUUAGUGUUGACAAACGAAGAGUUGAUGAUAGAAUCUGUUGCCGUUACGACCCCUCUGGGACACAGUGACCAUGAAGGACUGUUAUUCAAAAAUAGUUUUUACGCUUCUGUCAAAGCAGUCAGCCCAAAAGACGUUCGCACAUUCAUAGACUAUGCAAAGUUGGAGAGCUUGGCUCCUUCCAUUCAAUGGAUAUCUCAUAGGGAACAGCACAACCCGUUAUCCGUGUGGCAGGAAUUUACUGGCAGUCUGUAA